AUGUCACAUUGCGGAACAAAAGUGAGAGAUUCUCCCGAUCUGAGUACGUACUUGCAGGAUGCCAUUGCAAGACCCUGCAAAUAUGUACUCAGAUCGGAAACUUUGUUCCCAAUGUCACAUUGCGGAACAAAAGUGAGAGAUUCUCCCGAUCUGAGUACGUACUUGCAGGAUGCCAUUGCAAGACCCUGCAAAUAUGUACUCAGAUCGGAAACUUUGUUCCCAAUGUCACAUUGCGGAACAAAAGUGAGAGAUUCUCCCGAUCUGAGUACGUACUUGCAGGAUGCCAUUGCAAGACCCUGCAAAUAUGUACUCAGAUCGGAAACUUUGUUCCCAAUGUCACAUUGCGGAACAAAAGUGAGAGAUUCUCCCGAUCUGAGUACGUACUUGCAGGAUGCCAUUGCAAGACCCUGCAAAUAUGUACUCAGAUCGGAAACUUUGUUCCCAAUGUCACAUUGCGGAACAAAAGUGAGAGAUUCUCCCGAUCUGAGUACGUACUUGCAGGAUGCCAUUGCAAGACCCUGCAAAUAUGUACUCAGAUCGGAAACUUUGUUCCCAAUGUCACAUUGCGGAACAAAAGUGAGAGAUUCUCCCGAUCUGAGUACGUACUUGCAGGAUGCCAUUGCAAGACCCUGCAAAUAUGUACUCAGAUCGGAAACUUUGUUCCCAAUGUCACAUUGCGGAACAAAAGUGAGAGAUUCUCCCGAUCUGAGUACGUACUUGCAGAAACAUAGAGAUAUAGUAUGCAGCAAAUGCUUUUAUUAA